CUCACGCACAUGCUUUGCUAUGGUCCCGCGCUACCUGAUUGAUCAGCAGAUCUUAAAACUGUCUCUUUGGUGCCCCAGGUCUUUGGCACAGGCUGGUGCUUCAGGAUGGACCCGCUCUUUCCUGCCCAUAUUUUGGAAGACCCUGACCUGAGAAAGCUGCUGAAUGACUCCUCCAUGCUGAACCUGAGCUUUCUCCCCAGUAACUGGUUUAACAACGGCACAGGGGACAGCUUCCUGCCGCUGAGCAUCAAGAUCACCAUUGUGGUUGUCUACUCCAUUGUGUGCAUUGUGGGGCUGGUGGGCAACUGCUCCGUCAUGUAUGUGAUUGUCAGAUUCACCAAGAUGAAGACAGCAACCAACAUUUACAUCUUUAACCUUGCUCUGGCAGAUACCUUGUGUCUGAUGACCUUACCCUUCCAGGGUACAGACACGUUUCUGGGUUUCUGGCCCUUUGGCAAUGUCCUCUGCAAGAUUGCCAUCUCUAUAGACUACUAUAACAUGUUCACAAGCACUUUCACCCUGACAAUGAUGAGUGUGGACCGCUAUAUUGCUAUCUGUCACCCUAUUAAAGCACUAGACAUCCGCACUCCCCACAAGGCCAAAGUGGUGAACGUCUGCAUCUGGGCACUGGCUUCCGUCUUUGGCAUCCCAGCAAUGGUGAUGGGAUCUGCAGAGAAUGAAAACAAUGAAAUAGAUUGUCUAAUUAAACUCCCUUCACCUGUGGAUUACUGGGAUCCAGUGUUUGGCAUCUGUGUCUUUCUCUUCUCCUUUAUGAUCCCUGUGUUGAUCAUCACCAUUUGCUACAGUCUCAUGAUCAGACGACUCAAAAACGUCCGUGUCCUCUCAGGCUCCAAGGAGAAGGAUCGAAACCUGAGGCGCAUCACCCGAAUGGUCCUGGUGGUGGUGGCAGUCUUUAUCAUUUGUUGGACUCCCAUCCAGAUUUUUGUGCUGGUCCAGUGCUUGGGUGCCAAGGCAGAAAGCGAGCUCGAGCUGGCCAUCUCCUGCUUCUGCACCGCGCUGGGGUAUGCCAACAGCAGCCUGAACCCUGUGCUCUAUGCCUUCUUAGAUGAGAACUUCAAGGCGUGCUUCAAGAAGUUCUGCUUCCCCACUGCCUUCAGGACCGAGCUCCAGAUGUCCAACAGGAUGUGCAGCAUCGCCAAGGAUGUGGCCUAUGCCUGCAAGAACUCAGAGGGGACUAACAAUCCGGCCUGACUAGGCAUGGAAAUUCCCAUGGUGGCUGUCGCCCAGCAGAGUCCAACCACCCCCACAUCAGAGCUAACCCAGAUAACAGCUCUUUAGCAGGACCUCAAAACUGAGAGGCAAGAAACCGAGGAAACAAUUUGGGGGUUGGGAAAACUGGAUACUGCAAGAGCAUGCAGAAAAAGUGAGCCCAUUUGACGUAUUUUUAAUUCCAGUGCACCCUGCGCUAAGGAACGUGUUUGAAAUCAGCUCUUUGAUUCCUGCAAAACCCUGGGGGUUUGCAACUUUAUCGAGAAUUUGGGAAUUAAGGGUUUAAAAAUGGGCACUGCUGCUGGGACUUACACUUCUGCUGCUGGGAGACAGACAAAAUACAAACUAUUCCAUGUCUUUUUUCCUCCCAGAGUUGUUUAAGGCGCUAACAGCUCACGUGGCUCACCAGGCACUCGGGUGCGGGUUUUAUUCCCGCAGUAUCACCCUGAGAUCAGACUUUGCUGAAGCCGAAGUGGGCAGCAGCUGUCAGACGAAAACCCAAGAUGGUCUCCAGGAUGAGUCAUCACAUCACAAAAGAAAGGAUGUGGGGAGGGAGAGGAGGGAGCCGGUGGAAAGGGAAAUCCGAACUGCCCCAAGGCAGGCAGCCGGGGCGAGGAGCCUGGGGAGGCCAGUGCCAGCUCCUGUGGAAGGGGUCUGCAGUAAACCCUUGAGAGGGGAGCAAGGUGAUGAGAAGGGAGUGUCAAAACUGAUGAAUGUAGCUCAGAAGAGGAGGAAAAAAAGAUGGGUGAAAUGAACACAGAUCCUUGUUUACAUGCUGCUAUUGCUUUUUUGUUAAAAUUGUGUAUUUCCAUUGUAAUAAUGGACAGAAUGAGUCUGUAUAUACACAUCUCUAUAGUGCUAUAGGUACAGAUAAAAAGUAGGAUUUCAUCUUGCCAAGCAUGCCUUGGGGAUCUUCCUCAGUGAGAGGAGGAAAGAAUGAAGUGGCCUAUGCAUACAUAUAUUUAUGUGUAGGGGAAAGACAUUUUGGAGAAGUCAGAACAGGAGCUCCUCCAGAAGACAUGGACAUUUCUGGUAGGAGGGGCAGCCUGAAACAGUCCCACCUGCUCCGUGCAAGGUAAGUGGGGCAAAACCAUACAAAAGGUGGGGUUGUUUUUGUUGUUGUUUUUUUUUUUUUUUUUUUUAAUGAAGCGAGAUCCACAAUGCUGAGAGCACUUGGGAAAUGCUGCUGAGGUACCACCCCUCCUGCUGACCAUAGAUUGAUUUUCCUCUCCCAGUAGGUCAGAGAUUUGUGUAAAAUGAAAUGCCCUGUCAUUUCAUUUGAUAAUGAAAGCAUUCCCGAAGAGUUUAACCACUGAAUUCCCUCCAUGCUGGCAGGGACAGCAGAUUUGUAUUCUCCCUGUAGCACAAAACCCUGGGGAAAUCUGGGCAGCGGUGACCAGUGGUGCUGAUGGGGAAGCAAAGCAACGACCUCCAUUUGGAGAUGGGAGGUCAGCUCCAACGCGAGAACCGGCAGCAUUGUCCGGACUGUACAGAUUUCAUGUGAAUAUAUUUCCUGUGCUCUGGUCUAUGAGAUUCUGUACUUUUAAUGUAUUGAUUUGCCAAUAUUUUAAUCCUGUCAUGUUCUUUAUAUAUGCUGUAUAAAAGAAUCCAAUGUUAUAUUUCUAUGUAGAGUGGUUCCCUUAUGGUUGGGCUUAAAUUAUAGAUGCAAAUCUAGUGUCCCACGUAUAGGACCCAGAUCCCUUGUAAACUGCUCAAGCUGGGAGGAUUUUCAUGCUGAUUAGCAUUUGACUGGGAAUCUGGAGGGAUACCAGGCAAACUUUGCAAUUAGUGCUUCCCCCGAAUAAUGUAAGGGGAGGAGGAAAUCUGGGCACUUUAAGCACUUUGGAAUGGGUGUUUAUCCCCAAGCACUCACUAGGAAAUCUCAUACAACCCCCAAGCAUGCUAAAAACAGCUCCCUGAGAACCAUGCUGCUGGCAAGUUGUAUCCGUGCCAUUGAAAAAAUUUGUUUGGUGGGCUGUUGUUUGUGGAUACAAUAACAGCAUUGGUGCAACCUCGAGUCUUCUCAGCCCAUCAGCCAUCGAAUGGUCUGACAGAGUGCUGGGUACGGUUGUACGUGAAGCUGGGAAGUGACUGCUGGGCUUUUCUUGCAGUGCUAUUGGGGAGCAGGAGAGUGUUUGUUAGUGGCUGGCUAAGGCACAGCCGCACUCCCUUUGUAGUUCUUGGUUGGAUUUUUAAAUAGAUUUAUGUCACCUAAAAAAUAUACACCAGUGUUUGGCAUUUUUUUAAGUAAGAAUUUUGUUAUAAUGACUAUGCUGCAAUGAUCUUACAUAAUCAAGUACUCAAUAAAUGUGCGUUUACUAAGCUUUUGGGUAAUUUUGUGGCCCUUGCAGUGAAUGUGUUUAGGCAUUCUGUUCAAUGCUCAGUGGAGUUUGUUAUAAGAGCAACAAAAACCUGAAAGAAAAAGCUUUAUUGUACUGUGCCUAUGGAAUUAAAGGCCUGCAAUCGGCUGGCUGGCUGAAGUGCAGGCUCUUUUAAUUCUCCUCUGAAAUGGUUGUGUUGGUAUGAUUUUACAAUUACCACAGUGUAAAUUGCAAUUUCCUAGGUGGCUACUUGUGUGCAUUAAUAAAGGAAAAUAAC